AUGCUAUCAAGGUCAAGGAACUCAAGACCGAGGUCCACAGGGGGCCUUGACACAAUCACACGAGUUUCCGUCUUCUGGCUUGAUAAUGGUUUAUUGAACACUUCGCUACGUUCUCAAACGACAUCAGCGGCUGCUUUACACUUUACAGUAAGUGGUGACAAAGACGAUGGUCAUGAUAAGGAUGAGGACAUGAAUGUUUCACCUGUGAAAAAGCCUCUUUAUCGACCACAAAUACCACAACCAUCGGGACUUGUACCUUCUUCAACAGCUUCAACGUCGUCAAUAACACGAUUGAAUCAAACAUUAAAAUUUUCGAUGAGGAAGAAGAAUUUGAGUGAACUAUCAUCCGAAAUUCGACGUACAGCCGAUGCAGGACCUCAGAAAGCUGAAGAACGAAAGAAGCAGAAAUUAGCAGCAAAGGAGAAAGAAAAGGAAAAACUUGCCAAGGAGAAAGAGAGAGAAAAGAUAGCUGCAAGUGAGAAAUCUGGUACUGGUCAUGGAUUAAGUGUUACGAAUAAUGAUGAACACGCUGCGAUUGCAUCAUCAGCUUGGACAGGAUGA